GGCGGGGUCGGCGGCCCCCGGCCCGCUCCCCUCCGCACCCUGGCUCCGGGGGACCCCGAGAUGCCGGUCCGCACCGAGCGCCCCCCCCCCUCCGGCCGGUCUUCCUCCUCCUCCCUCAUCCCGCCGCCCCCCAUCAACACCCAGCAGCCCGGCGUGGCCACCAGCCUGCUCUACAGCGGCUCCAAGUUCCGCGGCCACCAGAAGAGCAAGGGCAACUCGUACGACGUGGAGGUGGUGCUGCAGCACGUGGAUAUGGAGAACUCUUAUCUUUGUGGAUAUUUGAAGAUUAAAGGCCUAACUGAGGAGUACCCAACCCUUACUACCUUCUUUGAAGGGGAAAUAAUCAGCAAGAAGCACCCAUUCUUAACCCGAAAAUGGGACGCAGAUGAAGAUGUGGAUCGUAAACACUGGGGGAAGUUCCAGGCUUUUUAUCAGUAUGCAAAAACUUUCAACUCAGACGAUUUUGAUUAUGAAGAACUGAAGAAUGGCGAUUAUGUCUUCAUGAGGUGGAAGGAACAAUUCUUAGUCCCAGAUCACACGAUCAAAGACAUCAGCGGUGCUUCCUUCGCUGGGUUUUACUACAUCUGCUUCCAGAAAUCGGCAGCCUCUAUAGAAGGCUACUACUAUCAUAGGAGUUCAGAAUGGUAUCAGUCCCUAAAUUUGACUCAUGUUCCCGAACACAGUGCUCCCAUAUAUGAAUUUCGAUGACGACCGUUGAGGACGAUAACCAAGCUGAACCGCACUUGGCAGAAGAGAUCCCGGGCCGCCAAGAGAAUUGCGUACCUGCCGGAACCAGGGGAAAAUGUGCUCCCGUCUCUCAUUGGGCGACUUGCAUCAGAAAAGCAUGAAUGAUAACCCAUAGAAUCCAAGAAGCAUGGCUGACCGGGGGGGCAGAUGGAGGAAGCAAAACUUCAUUCUUCCUCUCUCUGAGUGGCAGUUUGUUUUUAAUCUGGUUUUUAAGCUACCUUUAAAUGCACUUUUCCUUAUUGCACAGCUAACUUCUAUAUCACUCAACCGCCCCUCCCUCCAUUCAAACACCGAGAUGAGUCGACCUGUUCUCCGGUGACACACCCAGCACCUGCUCGGUGCUCCGUGUUUCACGUUGACCCUCCCUAGCGUGGGUCGAAAGGGCCAGAUCCGUGGCCUUUCCCCCUCUCCCCACCGCCCCCCCCCCGGGGUCUGACACUCUGUCUGGUGGCCCAAGGGGUCACCCAGCCCGGGCACAUACGUGCCCCCACAAGGUUUUGUGCAGGGAAUGGGCAAAACUGCGACGUCUGCUAAUGAAGCCCGCGGCUGAGGCAGAACCCGGUCUUGAAAGGCCCGAUCAAUCUUCACUUCCGAUUGGUUAAUGAGACCGACCAGAGUCGCCGAACUCUGGAAUGCCGAACGGCUCGUAAGCGGUCGUUGGGCUCCUUGGGCAAGCCAGCUGGGAGAAUGCCAUUCAAGACUUCCAGGCCCUCUGGAGCAGCGGAGCCAAAUUUCGUUUGCUCGAUAGGUUUUCCCUGAAUUUACCAACUCGAGGGUAAAACUGAACAAUAGAGAUAAGAGUUUUUUUUUAUUAUUAUUAUUACAAAAGUUAUUUUUAUGGUCCCUUGAACAAGGGCCCGACGGCAAAUGCACAAUUACUCAGAAUUGCAUUUUAUUGUUUUCACAUUGAAAACAGCAAAUGUUGAAACUUAUUAGUUUUUUAUAUAAUGUGUCUAUUUAAUCAACCAGCAGUUUUGAAACUCUUCAUCCUGGUACAAAAGUUUUGCAGCAGCGCAUACAUUUACGCUCAGCGAAAGAACAGUUUAGCAUUUGUACCUCCUCCUUUUGCUAUACAGAAGGACAGCGCUUGAUAAGAACCUCUUUAUCAAGCGGAAGGAGCGGUCGUAAUGAUGACUUUGAAAUGUUGAGGAGAAAGACAUUAACCAUGUUCAGAUAACUCAAAGGCUCGUGUGCCAAAGUGUGCUUGGGUUUUCUUUUUUUCUUUCAAUUUAAAAAGUUCAAAGUUGGUGUCAGCUGUACAUUCGAUACGUGACCCUCAUCUACGUGCAGGGCUUUGGGGAAAGACCCGUACACUUGCAUUUUCUCGUGGUUUAUAGACUUUUACUUUACAGACAAGAGAAGUAGCUUUACCUCAGCAGAAUUGUAGCCCAAGGAAGCAAAACAAUGUAAAAUUGUUGACUGGGCAAUUAAAGAAAAUGCGGGGCCCUUCACUUAAUUGAAUGAUGUUUAAAAAAAAAACAAACUUUUUUUCAAACUAACUUUUAUUUUUAAUGUUAUAUGUACUGUAUAUUGCAAAGGCUGAAUGCUGGGGUGAGCCUUAAGAAGUAUUGGGGAAUGUUUUUGACAGGUGUGUUCUAUAGACCCUAAAUGGAGGAAGGCAGAAGUGAUGUAUCGGCUUGAUCUGGUCAGGGGGGAGCAGGGAGAAGAAAAAGGAGAUGAUCCCGAAUGGAAUUCUUUUUCUACCUUUUACCCGAGCUCAGAAGUGAGUCAGAAAACUGGCUUUCGGAAAAGGCAGAAGUCACGAGGUUUCUGGCUUUUGUUCAUUCUGCUACAGUGUGGACCUGGCUAACUUCACCCUAAUGAGAAAAGGCGCCCUGCUGCAGCUUGGCAAAUAGGCAAGGUGAACGUGAUGGAAAAACCAGAGACAGUAUCCCACCUUUUGCUUGGCCCAUUUAUUAUGUAGCAAGUGCUGUUGGGUUUAACUUCUUUCUCACGGCUCAUAGCAUUCUAGUCAAUAUUCUGCCGUAUAUUUUGCAAAGACCCUGAAGUUUUAGCUACGUGAGCCCACGUUGCAGCUUUCUGCAGUUGAAGUCGGCAGAGAAGUUGGACUGAGACUCCUUGGUUGGAUUUUCGGGGGAGGGACGAGGGUGGGAAGAGAGAAUGGCUUGCAGAGGAUCGAAUGGAAAGGAGCGGGAUUCCCCCGAAGGAUCUGAUUAACCGAUCGAGGGCAAGUUUCCAGUGGUGUUGAGAGAAGGAAGAGGAGAAAGGAAGAAACUCUGUACUGGAUCUUGAUCCUUUCGGGCACCUGGCGUAGAUUCUGUGACCGAAAAUCUCUCCAGUGGGGGUGCAGGGAGAAAAAUGAAGUGCUGAUUUCUACCUCCUGUCGCAAACACCGUGGUUUGUCUGUCUUGACUCCUCCCUUGCGCACCAAGAAUUUACUUACCUCUUCCAGUCUGUUUUUGGAAAUGAUUUCCAUUGGCAGUAACUUUUUUUUUUUUAACCUUGACCCUCGUCAAGGGUUGUUUACAUGCCUUUAGUAACGUGUGCAAUAUUUUGAAUUGACAUUUAGAUCCCAAAUUAAGAAAUAAGUGCAAAAUUCAGAUCCGCCGUCAUGGGCUGUCACACUAAGCAGAGCUUUCGAGAGGACCGGACGGUCGCAGUACCCGGUGAAGGGAGGGAGCCUGAUGGAACUGGGUCAUCUUUACGCGGCUGUCCAGGAAGCCGUCGUUCUGAUCGUUGGGCCUUGUCGUUCUUGGUGUGCAAGAAAAGGUUCUUUCCCUUCCCUCUCUUUUAAUAGCAUUUCAGCUGAAAUCCCAAAUGAACAGAUUAUGCUUAAUUCUCAUCAGAAGGUCCGUAUGCCAGUUAUAACCAUUAAUAUCAAAACUAUAAACCAUAGGGGAAUGGUCUUUGGUUUCAGAAAUGGAACUUUUGCCCUCUCAGGCCUUGAUCUUUUUUUUUCCUCAUAAAAUGGAGUCUGAUAAGCUAAUAUGAAAGAAUUGCCAUUGAGUAUGUCGCAUUGUGGUUUAAAACAACUAACAAGAGGUUUUGGGGUGGAGGGGGGAAGCAAGAGUUGAUCUUUGAAUCUUAUAGAAGGUUUUUUUUAUUAGCUCCAAGGGGGUAUAAAGUUUUAUUGGUGGGGGGUGGGGGGAGUUAUUUGGAAUGGAUGUGGAAAAGGAUUAAGGUGGGAGAAAUAUUUUGCAGAGCUAUCAAUGUCCAAAUAAAAAAACAUAUAAUAAAUGUGUGUGGGCUGUGUGUGUGUGCGCAUGCAUGGGAUUGCGUUCUAUUUUGUAAACAAAAGCAAAUUUUUUUUACAGGAAGUAAUCAUUGGAUUUGUGAUGGUCAUGGCAUGUAGGGUAGUUACAAUUGAGCAACUUGGAACCGUCUCUGCAGUUUCCCAAGUAGGAUUGGCUUUGGUACCAGAGUUAAUUCAGUUCAGUCUGGUUACCCAUUGUCUCCUGGCUCCCACCUCCCCCUCACCCCACACCAUUCUCCUCAUCAUCAGUACUUGUUUUCAGCAGGGUAUUUCACUCACCGUCAAAUGCCAUUUGGUUUAUCUUUAAAUUUAACUUCUCAGAGGCAGCCAAUUUUAAAUUACAUGUGAGAGAGGAAGAGGCUGAUUUUUAAAGUGGAAUUUAAUCAGGUUGAAAUAUCAGGAACAUUUUAACCACUGUUUGGUGGCAAAGCCCCCCUUUUUGACUCUCAGCAACUUGAUUUUACUGUUUUUCAUAUUGUAAAAAACCUGUGAUGCAAAGAAGGGAAUGGGCUCUAUUAAAGUGAGAGAACUCGUCAAA